UCGGGAGGGCGGAGUCACAGGGCCUGCAAAGAUGCUGGCUGUCCCGGACAUGGGCCUGCAGGGGCUGUACAUCGGCUCCAGCCCCGAGCGGUCCCCUGUGCCCAGCCCACCUGGCUCCCCAAGAACCCAGGAAAGUUGUGGCAUUGCCCCACUCACACCCUCGCAGUCUCCAAAGCCCGAGGCCCGGGCCCCCCAGCAUGCUCCCUUCUCCGUGGUGGUGGCCAUCGACUUUGGCACCACCUCCAGUGGCUAUGCCUUCAGCUUUGCCAGUGAUCCUGAAGCCAUCCACAUGAUGAGGAAAUGGGAGGGCGGGGACCCAGGAGUGGCCCACCAGAAGACCCCCACCUGCCUGCUUUUGACCCCGGAGGGCGCCUUUCACAGUUUUGGCUACACCGCCCGCGAUUACUACCACGAUCUGGAUCCUGAGGAGGCGCGGGACUGGCUCUACUUCGAGAAGUUCAAGAUGAAGAUCCACAGCGCCACUGAUCUCACCCUGAAGACCCAGCUAGAGGCUGUAAAUGGAAAGAAAAUGCCUGCCCUGGAGGUGUUCGCCCAUGCCCUGCGCUUCUUCAAGGAGCAUGCCCUUCAGGAGCUGAGGGAGCAGUGCCCAUCGCUGCCAGAGAAGGACACUGUGCGCUGGGUGUUGACGGUGCCCGCCAUCUGGAAACAGCCUGCCAAGCAGUUCAUGCGUGAGGCUGCCUACUUGGCUGGCCUGGUGUCCAGGGAGGAUGCAGAGCAACUCCUCAUCGCCCUGGAGCCAGAGGCUGCCUCUGUCUACUGCCGCAAGCUGCGUCUACACCAGCUCUUGGACCUAAGCAGCCGGGCUCCAGGCAGUGGACGCCUGGGUGAGCGCCGCUCCAUCGAUUCCAGCUUCCGGCAGGCCCGCGAGCAGCUGCGCCGGUCCCGCCACAGCCGCACGUUCCUGGUGGAGUCUGGCGUCGGAGAGCUGUGGGCAGAGAUGCAAGCAGGAGACCGCUACGUGGUGGCAGACUGCGGAGGAGGCACUGUGGACCUGACCGUGCACCAGCUGGAGCAGCCACAUGGCACCCUCAAGGAACUGUACAAGGCAUCUGGCGGCCCCUAUGGCGCGGUGGGCGUGGACCUGGCCUUUGAGCAGCUGCUGGGCCGCAUCUUCGGCGAGGACUUCAUCACCACCUUCAAAAGGCAAAGGCCGGCAGCCUGGGUGGAUCUGACCAUCGCCUUCGAGGCCCGCAAACGCACGGCGGGCCCGCACCGCGCAGGGGCGCUCAACAUCUCGCUGCCUUUCUCCUUCAUCGACUUCUACCGUAAACAGCGAGGCCACAACGUGGAGACAGCCCUGCGCCGGAGCAGCGUGAACUUCGUGAAGUGGUCCUCGCAGGGGAUGCUCAGGAUGUCUUGCGAGGCCAUGAACGAGCUCUUUCAGCCCACGGUCAGUGGGAUCAUCCAGCACAUAGAGGCGCUUCUGGCGCGGCCCGAGGUGCAGGGCGUGAAGCUGCUCUUCCUGGUGGGCGGCUUUGCGGAGUCGGCCGUGCUGCAGCACGCGGUGCAGGCGGCGCUGGGCGCCCGCGGCCUGCGCGUGGUCGUCCCGCACGACGUGGGCCUCACCAUCCUCAAGGGCGCGGUGCUGUUCGGGCAGGCGCCGGGCGUGGUGCGCGUGCGCCGCUCGCCGCUCACCUACGGCGUGGGCGUGCUCAACCGCUUCGUGGCCGGGCGCCACCCGCCCGAGAAACUGCUGGUCCGCGACGGCCGCCGCUGGUGCACCGACGUCUUCGAGCGCUUCGUGGCCGCCGAGCAGUCGGUGGCCCUGGGCGAGGAGGUGCGGCGCAGCUACUGCCCGGCGCGGCCGGGCCAGCGGCGCGUGCUCAUCAACCUGUACUGCUGCGCCGCCGAGGACGCGCGCUUCAUCACCGACCCGGGCGUGCGCAAGUGCGGCGCGCUCAGCCUCGAGCUGGAGCCCUCCGACGGCGCGUCCCCCGGCCGCCGCGAGAUCCGCGCCGCCAUGCAGUUUGGCGACACCGAGAUCAAGGUCACCGCCGUCGACGUCAGCACCAAUCGCUCCGUGCGCGCCGCCAUUGACUUUCUUUCCCACUGAGGGCGCGGGCGCCGUGCCAGCCCCAUCCCCGCCCCGUGCCAGGCCCCGCCCUGUUGCGGUCAGGGCGGGGGGGAGUCUGGGGCUCCGGCUCGCGUGGACAGAGCUGCUGGUUCUGAAGUCAGCCCUUCUUCCCCCGCCCUCCUGUCUGGGGAGAUGAGGUCGCAGGAUGGGUAGGGACAAACUCUCGCUUUGGAAUUGGGCCCGGGUCGGCUGACUGGAAGGCCGAAGAGCCCUGCCAAGGGCUGAGAUCAAAGAGUCAGAAGAGGUUUGUAAGACGGUGCGCCCACAGGGGGCACGUGACCCCGAAGGCAGAAUGCGCCAGAAGCCCAAGCCCUGGCCUGAACUGGGGGGGGGGGGGCGGUGGGAAG